GUGCCUGCCUCCUAGAGCUCGUUCCCCACACUGGUUGCCCUGACUGUCCUGGACGGCGUGCCCGCCAGCCGUCACCAGCCAUGGCAGGGCCCCGGGGCCGCCUCCUGCUCUGCCUCCUGGCCUUCUGCCUAGCAGGCUCCAGCUUCACCAGGGGGCAGAAGGUGCGGUCCAGACGCUGUGAUGUGAAGACCAAGUUUGUCACUCGCAUCCCCUGCACCAUGUGUCCUGCUAUCAAGAGGCGGAUGUGUCCCCCAGGCUGGCUUCGGGAAUUACCAGAGAAGAUAUCCCAGGACUGCCGCUACGAGGUGCAGCUGGGGGACUCUUUGAUGUCCAUGAGUGGCUGCAGUCUGGAGUGCUGGAAGGAUGUGGUAGAGAAGGCCUGCUGCCCCGGCUACUGGGGGUCCCAGUGCUAUGAGUGCCCUGGGGGUGCUGAGACCCCGUGUAAUGGCCAUGGGACCUGCCUGGAUGGCAUCAACAGGAACGGGACCUGUGUGUGUCAGGAAAACUUCGGUGGCUCCGCCUGCCAGGAGUGCCAAGACCCCAACCGGUUUGGGCCCAACUGCCAGUCAGUGUGCAGCUGUGUGCACGGCGUGUGUAGCCAUGGGCCACUGGGGGAUGGAAGCUGCCUCUGCUUUGCUGGAUACACUGGACCCCGCUGUGACCAAGAGCUGCCAGUCUGCCGGGCCCUGAACUGUCCCCAGAACUCCCAGUGCUCUGCAGAGGCCCCUGCCUGCAGCUGCCUGCCUGGCCACACCCAGCAGGGCAGAGAAUGCCGAGCCCCUAACCCCUGCCAGUCAUCGCCCUGCUCCCCACUGGCCCAGUGCUCGGUGAGCCCCACAGGGCAGGCACAGUGCCGCUGCCCCAAGGACUACCAUGGUGAUGGGACGGUGUGUCUGCCCCAGGACCCAUGCACCAUCAACUACGGUGGCUGCCCCAGCAACUCCACCUUGUGUCUGUACCAGAGACCAGGCAAGGCCUCCUGCUUGUGUAAGCCAGGCUUGGUCAGCGUCAACCACAAUGCCUCUGCGGGCUGCUUCGCCUACUGCUUCCCUCACUCCUGUGACCGGUCAGCCACCUGCCAGGUGACCCCCGAUGGAAAGAUCAGCUGUGUGUGCAAGGAGGGCGAGAUAGGGGACGGGCGUGCCUGCUAUGGACACCUGCUGCACGAGAUACAGAAGGCUGGUCAGCUGGGUGUGGUGUUCCUGCGGCUGAGAGUCUCCCUGGCCAUGCUGGACCAGGGCUGCCGCGAGAUCCUCACCACGGCGGGCCCAUUCACGGUGCUGGUACCAUCGCUUUCGUCCGUCUCCUCCAGGACCAUGAAUGCGUCCCUCGCCCGGCAGCUCUGCAAACAGCACAUCAUUGCAGGGCAGCACAUGCUGGAGGAGCUGGGGACCCAGCAGACACGCAGGUGGUGGACACUGGCGGGGCAGGAGAUCACCGUCACUUUCAACCGCUUCACGAAAUACACCUACAAGUACAAAGAGCACCCCCAGCAGACGUUCACCAUCCACAAGACCAACCACCCAGCAGCCAACGGCGUCUUCCACUUGGUCACCGCCCUGCAGUGGCAGCCCCCACCAGAGCUCCCCGAGGACCCCAAGAGAACCAUUGGCCAGAUCCUUGCCUCUACUGAGGCCUUCAGCCGCUUCGAAACCAUCCUGGAGAACUGUGGGCUGCCCUCCAUCCUGGAUGGGCCUGGGCCCUUCACAGUCUUUGCCCCAAGCAAUGAGGCUGUGGACAAGUUGCGGGAUGGCCGCCUGAUCUACCUCUUCACAGCGGGUCUGUCCAAGCUGCAGGAGCUGGUGAAGUACCACAUCUACAGCCAUGGCCAGCUGACCAUUGAGAAGCUCAUCUCCAAGGGCCGGGUCCUCACCAUGGCAAACCAGGUCCUGGCUGUGAAUAUCUCCGAGGAGGGGCGCAUCCUGCUGGGACCAGAGGGGCUCCCGCUACGGAGAGUGGAUGUGCUGGCCUCCAAUGGCGUGAUCCACAUGCUGGAGGGCGUCCUGCUGCCCCCGACCAUCCUGCCCAUCCUGCCUAAGCACUGCAGCGAGGAACAGCACCAGAUCGUGGCAGGCUCCUGUGUGGACUGCCAAGCCCUGAACACGAGCACGUGCCCCCCCAACAGUGUGAAGCUGGACAUCUUCCCCAAGGAGUGUGUCUACACCCAUGACCCUACUGGGCUCAACGUCCUGAAGAAGGGCUGUGCUCACUCCUGCAACCAGACCGUCCUGAAACCUGGCUGCUGCAAAGGGUUUUUUGGGCCUGACUGUGCCCAGUGUCCUGGGGGCUUCUCCAACCCUUGCUACGGCAAAGGCAAUUGCAGUGAUGGGGUCCGGGGCAAUGGGGCCUGCCUCUGCUUCCCAGACUACAAGGGCAUCGCCUGCCACAUCUGCUCCAACCCAAACAAGCAUGGAGACCGGUGCCAGGAAGACUGCGGCUGUGUCCACGGUCUCUGUGACAACCGUCCAGGCAGUGGGGGCGUGUGCCAGCAGGGCACGUGUGCCCCAGGCUUCAGCGGCCGCUUCUGUAACGAGUCCGCAGGAAACUGUGGGCCCACUGAGCAGGCCCAGCGCUGCCACUCGCAUGCCCGCUGCGUCAGCCAGGGGGGCGUCACCAGGUGUGUCUGUCUCGAUGGCUUUGAGGGCGACGGCCUCUCCUGUGUGCCUGGAAACCCCUGCUCCCACCCAGACCGUGGUGGCUGCUCAGAAAAUGCCGAGUGUGUCCCUGGGGCCCGGGGCACCCACCACUGCACAUGCCACAAAGGCUGGAGCGGGGACGGCCGCGUCUGUGUGGCCAUCGAUGAGUGCGAGCUGGAUGCGAGAGGCGGUUGUCAUGCCGACGCCCUCUGCAGCUACGUGGGACCUGGGCAGAGCCGGUGCACCUGCAAGCUGGGGUUCGCCGGGGACGGCUAUGAGUGCAGCCCUAUCGACCCCUGCCGGGCAGGCAACGGUGGCUGCCAUGACCUGGCCACCUGUCGGGCAGUGGGGGGAGGUCAGCGGGUCUGCACAUGCCCCUCUGGCUACGGGGGUGAUGGCUUCAGCUGCUACGGAGACAUCUUCCAGGAGCUGGAGGCAAAUGCCCACUUCUCCGUCUUCUACCAGUGGAUCAAGAGUGCUGGCCUCGUUCUUCCCACGGACAGCCGAGUCACCGCCCUGGUGCCCUCUGAGUCUGCCAUCCGUAGGUUGAGCCCCGAGGACCAGGCCUUCUGGCUGCAGCCAAGGGCGCUGCGGCAACUGGUCAGGGCCCAUUUUCUCCAGGGUGCCUUGUCUGAGGAGGAGCUGACCCGGCUGGGUGGGCAGGAUGUGGCCACCCUGAGCCCUACCACACGCUGGGAGAUUCACAACAUCAGUGGGAGGGUCUGGGUUCAGAACGCCAGUGUGGAUGUGGCCGAUCUCCUCGCCACCAAUGGUGUCCUACAUGUCCUCAGCCAGGUCUUGCUGCCUCCGAGGGGGCACGUGCUGCCUGGGGAGGGGCUGCUGCAACAGCUGGACCUGGUGCCUGCCUUCCGCCUCUUCCGGGAGUUGCUGCAGCACCACAAGCUGGUGCCCCAGAUUGAGGCUGCCACGGCCUACACCAUCUUCGUGCCCACAAACCGCUCUCUGGAGGCCCGGGGCAACAGCAGCAGGCUGGACGCAGACACCGUGCGGCACCACGUGAUCCUGGGGGAGGCACUCUCCGUGGAGGCCCUGCAGAGAGGGGGACACCGCAACUCGCUCCUGGGCCCUGCCCACUGGCUCGUCUUCUACAACCAUAGCGGCCAGCCUGAGGUGAACCAUGUGCUGCUGGAAGGCCCUGUGCUGGAGGCCCCGGGCCGCUCGCUGUUUGGCCUGUCGGGGGUCCUGACCGUGGGCUCAAGCCGCUGUCUGCACAGCCACGCCGAGUCUCUUCGGGAGAAAUGUGUAAACUGCUCCCGAAGAUUCCGCUGCACUCAGGGCUUCCAGCUGGAGAACACCCCCAAGAAGAGCUGUGUCUACCGAUCUGGCUCCUCCUUCUCCCGGGGCUGCUCUUACACAUGUGCCAAGAGGAUCCAGGUGCCCGACUGCUGCCCCGGCUUCUUUGGCACACUGUGCGAGCCGUGCCCGGGGGGUCAGGGCGGUGUGUGCUCGGGCCACGGGCAGUGCCAGGACAGGCUCCUGGGCAGUGGGGAGUGCCGCUGUCACGAGGGCUUCCACGGAACCGCCUGUGAGAUGUGUGAGCUGGGCCGCUAUGGGCCCAGCUGUGCUGGAGUCUGUGACUGUGCCCACGGGCUGUGCCAGGAGGGGCUUCAAGGGGACGGCAGCUGUGUCUGUAACGUGGGCUGGCAGGGCCCCCGCUGUGACCAGAAGAUCAGUGGCCCUCAAUGCCCAAAGAAGUGCGACCCCAAUGCCAACUGCCUACAGGACUCGGCGGCAGCCCCGGCCUGUGUCUGUGCCGCGGGAUACUCGGGCAACGGCAUCUACUGUUCAGAGGUGGACCCCUGUGCGCAGGACCAUGGGGGCUGCUCCCCCCACGCCAACUGCACCAAGGUGGCACCUGGGCAGCGGACGUGCACCUGCCAGGAUGGCUACACAGGAGAUGGGGAGCUGUGCCAGGAGGUCAACGGCUGUCUCAUCCGCCACGGGGGCUGUCACAUGCAUGCCGACUGUAUCCCCACAGGCCCCCAGCAGGUCUCCUGCAGCUGCCGUGAGGGUUACAGCGGGGAUGGCAUCUGGACCUGCGUCCUCCUGGACCCUUGCUCCCAGAAUAAUGGAGGCUGCAGCCCCUACGCCGUGUGCAAAAGCACGGGGGAUGGCCAGAGGACAUGCACCUGUGACGCGGCCCACACAGUGGGCGAUGGCUUCACCUGCCGCGCCCGAGUCGGCCUGGAGCUCCUUCGGGACAGGCAUGCCUCAUUCUUCAGCCUCCACCUCCUGGAAUACAAGGAGCUCAAGGGUGAUGGGCCUUUCACAGUUUUUGUGCCCCGCGCAGAUCUAAUGACCAACCUGUCGCAGGAUGAGCUGGCCCGGAUUCGCGCCCAUCGCCAGCUCGUGUUCCGCUACCACGUGGUCGGCUGCCGGCAGUUGAGCAGCCAGGAGCUGCUGGAAGAAGGCUAUGUCACCACGCUCUCGGGGCACCCGCUGCGCAUCCACGAGAGGGAGGGCAGCAUCUAUCUCAAUGACUUCGCGCGGGUAGUGAGCAGCGACCACGAGGCGGUGAACGGAGUCCUGCACUUCAUCGACCGAGUCCUGCUGCCUCCUGACGUGCUACACUGGGAGCCUGACGCUGCCCCUGUCCUGCGGAGAAACGUCACGGCCGCCGCGGAGGGCUUCGGUUACAAGAUCUUCAGCGGCCUUGUGAAGGUGGCUGGCCUCCUGCCCCUGCUUCAGGAUGCGUCGCAUAGGCCCCUCACCAUGCUGUGGCCCACAGACUCUGCCCUGCAAGCCCUGCCACCUGACCGCCAGACCUGGCUGUACCACGAAGACCACCGUGACAAGCUGGCAGCCAUCCUUCGGGGCCACGUGAUUCGCAACAUUGAGGUGGGUCUCCCCCCCCCCAGUCCUUGGUCCCCACUGCCUGCCACCCAGCCUGCCCCCCCAGCUCCAACCGUAGCUCCAUCUGCUCAGGCCUUGGCAUCUGACCUGCCCAACCUGGGCCCACUCCGCACAAUGCAUGGGACCCCCAUCUCCUUCUCCUGCAGCCGUGCCCGGCCGGGUGAGCUCACAGUAGGUGAGGAGGACGCCCGCAUCGUGCAGCGGCACCUGCCCUUUGAGGGUGGCCUGGCCUAUGGCAUUGACCAGCUGCUAGAGCCACCUGGUCUUGGUGCCCGCUGUGACCAUUUUGAGACUCGGCCGCUGCGGCUGAAGAUCUGCAGCAUUUGCGGGCUGGAACCGCCUUGUCCUGAGGGUUCACAGGAGCAGGGCAGCCCCGAGGCCUGCUGGCGAUACUACUCAAAGUUCUGGACAUCCCCUCCACUGCAAUCCUUGGCCCUGCGCAGCAUCUGGGCCCGGUCCAGCCUCUGGGGCCAGCCCCAAGGACUGGGCAGGGGCUGCCACCGCAACUGCGUCACCACCACCUGGAAACCUAGCUGCUGCCCUGGUCACUACGGCAGUGAGUGCCGAGCUUGCCCUGGCGGAGCCGGCAGCCCCUGCAGUGGCCACGGCGUGUGCGUGGACGGCAUGAGUGGCAGCGGGCAGUGUCAGUGCCAUGCGAGCUUUACGGGGAUGGCGUGUGAACUCUGUGCCCCGGGGGCCUUUGGACCCCAGUGCCAAGCCUGCCGCUGCAGCUCCCAUGGCCGCUGUGAUGAGGGCCUGGGGGGCUCUGGUUCCUGCUUCUGUGACGAGGGCUGGACGGGGCCGAGCUGUGAGGUGCAGCUGGAGCUGCAGCCCGUGUGUGCCCCGCCCUGCGCACCCCAGGCCGUGUGCCGCGCCGACAGCAGCUGUGAGUGCGGCCUGGGCUACGAAGGGGACGGCCACACGUGCACAGUGGCGGACCUGUGCCGGGACGGGCACGGUGGCUGCAGCGAGCACGCCAACUGCAGCCAAGUGGGCACCGUGGUCACCUGCGCCUGCCUGCCCGCCUACGAGGGCGACGGCUGGAGCUGCCGGGCCCGCGACCCCUGUGCUGAUGGCCACCGUGGGGGCUGCAGUGAGCACGCAGACUGCUUGAGCACCGGCCCGAACAUGCGGCGCUGUGUGUGCCAUGCCGGCUACGUGGGUGAUGGACUGCAGUGUCUGGAGGAGCCGGAGCCGCCCGUGGACCGCUGCCUGGGCCAGCCACCACCCUGUCACGUGGAUGCCGUGUGCACGGACCUCCACUUCCAGGAGAAGCAGGCUGGGGUCUUCCACCUCCAGGCCCCCAGUGGUCCUUACAGCCUGAACUUCUCAGAGGCCGAGGCGGCCUGUGGGGCCCAGGGAGCUGUUCUUGCUUCUCUCCCUCAGCUCUCUGCUGCCCAGAAGCUGGGCUUCCACCUGUGCCUCGUGGGCUGGCUGGCCAACGGCUCGGCUGCCCACCCAGUCGUCUUCCCUGCGGCAGACUGUGGCGGUGGUCAGGUAGGCGUCGUCAGCCUGGGCACCCGGAAGAACAGCUCAGAGCGCUGGGACGCCUACUGCUACCGCGAGCUAGAUGUGGCCUGCCGGUGCCGCCGUGGCUUUGUGGGUGACGGGACAAGUGUGUGCAAUGGGAAGCUGCUCGAUGUCCUGGCUGCCACCGCCAACUUCUCCACCUUCUAUGGGAUGCUGUUGGGCUAUGCCAACGCCACCCCGCGGGGUCUGGACUUCCUGGACUUCCUGGACGAUGAGCUCACCUACAAGACACUCUUCGUUCCUGUCAAUGAAGGCUUCCUGGAUAACAUGACGCUGAGUGGCCCCGACCUGGAGCUUCACGCCUCCAACACCACCUUCCUGAGCGCCAAUGCCAGCGAGGAUGCUGUGCUCCCUGCCCACUCGGGCCUCAGCCUCGUCUUCAGUGCUGCGGACCCUGACAACAGUUCCUGGGCCCCGGUGGCCCCAGGGGCAGUUGUGCUUAGCCGUGUCAUCGUGUGGGACAUCAUGGCAUUCAACGGCAUCAUCCACGCUCUGGCCAGGCCCCUCCUGGCCCCCCUACAGCCUCAGGCGGUGGUGGCAGCUGAGGCUCCACCUGUGGCGGCAGGUGUGGGGGCUCUGGUAGCCGCUGGAGCACUGCUCGGCCUAGUGGCUGGAGCCUUCUACCUCCGCGCUCGGGGCAAGGCCACAGGCUUUGGCUUUUCCACCUUCCAGGCAGAAGAUGAUGCUGAGGAAGACUUCUCCCCCUGGCAGGAAGGGACCAGCCCAACCCUGGUGUCUGUCCCUAACCCCGUCUUUGGCAGCCAUGAUGCCUUUUGUGAGCCCUUUGAUGACUCGCUCCUGGAGGACGACUUCCCCGACACCCAGAGGAUCCUCGCAGUCAAGUGAUGCGGCGAGGGUCGGACAGAGGCACAAGGGAGAGGGAGACCACUUUUAUUGCCCGUCCUGGACUGACGCCCAGCGUGGGCGGGGCAGGAGGGGUUAGAACCUGCUCUGGACAAUAAAGGUGCCCUCAGCGGAUGUGGGCCAUGUCGCCAAGAAAGGGCGUCUUCAUGCA